AUGGUGCGGGAGACCGGGUACUACGACGUGCUCGGGGUCAGCCCGGCGGCCACCGAGGCCGACAUCAAGAAGGCCUACUACGUCAAGGUCGUGCCACUGCCACGCCCUGCCGCGCGCGCUUUCCUGUCCCGCUCCGUCUCCACCGGCGAACUUCGCUCUCAUUCCGGUUUGCUGGUGUCGUUGUUGUUGCAGGCGAGGCAGGUCCACCCCGACAAGAACCGCAAUGACCCCCUCGCGGCCGAGAAGUUCCAGGAACUGGGGGAGGCAUACCAAGUACUUAGUGACCCUGCACAGCGUAAAGCAUAUGACUCAGAUGGGAAAUCUGGUAUUUCAACGGAAGCAAUGAUUGAUCCAGCAGCAAUUUUUGCAAUGUUAUUCGGUAGUGAGAUUUUUGAGGAUUACAUUGGUCAACUGGCGAUGGCAUCCAUGGCUUCGCUUGAUAUUUUUGGUGAAGAUCCACAGAUUGGUGCAAGGAAGUUACAAGAGAAAAUGCGAGCUGUACAAAAGGAAAGGGAGGAGAAACUUGCAGAGAAACUGAAGAAUAGAUUGCACAUUUAUGUUCAAGGAAACAAAAAGGAAUUUAUCCAGGUUGCUGAGGCUGAGGUGGCUAGACUUUCUGAUGCAGCAUAUGGGAUUGAUAUGCUGAGUACUAUCGGUUACAUGUAUUCAAGACAAGCUGCCAAGGAGCUUGGAAAGAAAGCUAUCCUUUUGGGGGUUCCUUUUAUAGCUGAAUGGUUUAGGAACAAAGGUCAUUUUAUUAAAUCCCAAGUGACAGCUGCAACAGGUGCAAUAGCUCUUAUGCAGUUGCAGGAAGAUUUAAAAAAACAUCUCAGUUCGGAAUGUAAUUACACUGAUGAGCAACUUGAAGCUUACAUGCAAAGUCAUAAAAAGGUUAUGGUGGAUUCCUUAUGGAAGCUUAACGUUGCUGAUAUAGAGGCAACUCUGUCACGUGUCUGUCAAAUGGUUCUUCAAGAGAGCAAUGUCAAGAGAGAGGAACUAAGAGCUCGAGCUAAAGGAUUGAAAACUUUAGGCAAAAUAUUCCAGCGUGUUAAGCUCAAUAGUGAAGGAGAAGCAGCAACAAUGAAGCAUACGAUAAAUAAUUUGGAUGAUAAUGUUGGCACCUCUCCGGAUUCAUCACCAAAAUCUCCAAGGGUGCAGCCGUUCGAUGCAAACCCACCAUAUUCUCAGAGCCCAUAUGUGGAGGCCCCUCAGUUCGGCGGCACACAUAGUCCGUUCAACUUCCCGAUGCCCACCGCUCCGCCUGGUGCGCAGAGGAAUCCUGUCCCAUGA